AUGCCGCUUUUCCUCGGAAGACUGGCCUCUGCCAACAGGGCGGCCUACCUGGCUGCGCUGUGCCUUGUUGCCAUCCAAGUCGGCAUUGGCAUUGUCAUGAAGACGGCGCAGUCAAGCGGAGGAUAUCGAUUUUCGCCCACGGCCUCCGUUGCCAUUUCCGAAUUCUUCAAAUGGCUGCUCUCCGUGGCCUUCUUCGCCUGGGAGUGCACCAUACGCGCGCAACAGGGAACACCCCCCAAGAGUGAGACCCGGGGAUACUCUGUGAUCCCGCGAGACGACCACGAGUUCGACGACAUCGAUGUCGUAGGAGCUACCAAACCGAACCGCCCUGCGCGCUUGACCAUCCGCCUGUACUGGCAGUACAUCCGCAGCGAGAUCACAGCUCGAACCCGGUGGGAGCUCUGCAACCUGGCUUUGCUGUAUGUGCUGGUCAACAACACCAUCUUCGCCUGCUACAACGAAGCCGACCCGGGCACCAUUGCCCUGGUGAAGAGCAGCGGCACCGUGAUCACGGCCCUCGUCAUGAUAGGCACCAUUGGCGCGAGCGUCUCUCGCAUGCAGUGGCUUGCCAUCGCGCUGCAACUCUGCGGGCUGCUCGUGACGCAGUACACGCCGGGCUCGGGGACGACAUACACGCCUUUCACGUACAUGCUCAUCAUGUUCCACGUCUUCCUCGGCGCUCUGGCGGGCGUGUACAACCAGGUCCUGCUCCAGCGCGAGAGCUGCAGUAUGCACGCGAACAACAUGACCCUCUACGCAGCGGGCACCCUCUUCAAUCUCGUCGGCCAUCUGCUCGUGCGGCUGGUGAGCCCCGAGGAGCCUACCUUUUUCCACGGCUUCGACAGGCUCGGUGCCAUACUCGUUAUUGUCAGCAAUGUCUUUGUCGGGUUGGCCAUCACAGCCGUGUACAAAUAUGCCGACGCUGUCAUCAAGUGCUUCGCCACGGCCUUGGCGACCGGAAUUCUCUUGUACGUCUCGACCAUCCUGUUCCACACGCACUUGGGCUUCUUGGCCGUUCCUGGCACGCUGCUUGUUUUCAUCGCGUCCUGGAUCUACAUCCGAAACCCGCCGCCGCCCAGGCCGGCAGAGUCCAAAUCUGCGGGUCGGUGCUCGUCCUCCUUCGCCGCCACGAUGGGCAGGUGGCCCAAGACCAGUGUACUCGGGGCAUUUUUGCAGACGAUGCUGGUCGUAAUCUUGCUGUGGGUGCCCGACAUCACAUUGAGGGAGGAAGACGACGACGGGAGCCACAGCGUGCUGCUGGACUCGCCCUUCCGAAACACAGUGGCCUUUGUCCGCUGGAACCACGCGAUCCCCGAGCGCAUACCGGCCAUCAUGAAGUACGAUCCAUUCUUCCACACCAUGCAUCUGUCAAUGCGCGACUCGGUUAAAAGCGAGCCCGAGAACUUCCUGAAUAUGACCCACGACCAGCAUGUCAACACGGGUCAUCCCCAAGAGCCCGUCGCAAAGACCAUGAAACUCAUCCUGGAGCACGAACCGGAUGUCGAUGGCAUGCUUUUCUUCCACUUUGAUGCGUGGGUCACACCUAUGGAGUUCAUGGGCAUGGACAUGACCAGGAUGGCUAUCCCCAUGGAUGGGGGUCCCAACUUUCGGUGCUACGAAACGAUCCCGACGGACAAGUGGGAACACGCCCAGCAGGAAGACCUUUUCACCGCCGUGGGCAGGGCGGUCCGCCUGCAACCCCCCGAGCUUCCUGACGACGGCGAGGUCGUGCCCAGCCCAAGACGCUACUCCAAGGAGAAACGGGCCGGCUGCCGUGGCUGGUCCGACAUUUACUACAUCCCGCGGCGGUUCUUUGCCGACUACAUCUUCCUCGUCGAGCGCGUGUUCCACGACACGUUCCACGAAAUGUCGGUCGCGACCAUGAUGCACAUGAUUGAUCGCACGCGCAGUCGGACGCCCUUCACGUCGUUCAUUGAUCCCAUGCCCUGCUGGGGAUCGUGCUGCUCCAAAAAUCCGAGCGAGGACGCGUUGCUGUGGCAUCGAUGCGGGCAUAAACUGGACCUCAGAAGCGACAGGGCGAAGCUACACUGGGAUCGUAUCGACGCGGCGGCAUUCCAGGUGAACAGGACGAAUAGUGGUGGUGUGAAUGGAACCACGGCCCGUGACAUUCUCGUGUAA